AUGGAUUUCUUUUCGCGGCUACCAGCGACCAUCCGAAUACAGAUCCUCAUCGAUCUUGGGUCACCAGCCUGCAUCAGGAGGCUCACCAAAGCAUCCCCCACUACGCUACAACAAUAUAUCGUUCAUCGCCAUAUCAUAGUGCGGGAGGUGCUCAGGGAACUUAUCGGCCUCGACAAAACCGGAGGUCUUCUCCAGAAUGCUAUGGCUCUGCUCUACCUCGCUGACCUCGACCCAAAACGUUAUCCAAGACAAAAGCGGAGACGUCUAUUGACAUAUUCAGUUGGUUCUGCCCCCUUGGACAAAGAGGAGGCUGAUUUUCUUCAUUAUUAUGACAAGCAAACCUUCCCAAACCCUCUCGAAAAUUCCAAGAGAUCGACCCAGCUGAGGAUCUAUCAGCUAAUCUCUCAAAUUAUCAUUCGUGUUGAAGACUACAGGCUAAAGGAAGACUACUCUGAAACCUCAAGACAUGCAUAUCCUUUCAGAAAGCCUUCCCUCACAGUUGGUCGCUCCUGGUCACCACACGAGUAUAAGAUGAGGUUGAAACUCGGAGUGCUACCAAGAGCUGAAUGGCCCGUCAAUGAUUCCGACUGGCCGAUCACAUUCGAAUACCUUUUUCAUCUCUAG